AUGAGUGGAAGGUACAUCAUGUUCAUAUUUGGAAAAUUCGUCGGAUCGAAUCUUCGAGAGCUAUUCAACAGCAAAUCGGCUUUUAUGGUUCCCGAUGAUCUUUACCACUGUGGUCAACGAUAA